CGCAUUGAGCUUUCGGGAGCUUUUCACGGGCGCGCGGGAAUUAAACACGAUUUCAAUCGUUGUCUAAGAAUUUGACUCAUAUUUAAUAUCUGAGUAAAAUAAAAUAAAUUAAAAAUCUUUAGUGUUGUUAAAUUGUAGAAGUAAAAAUUAUUUUAAUAAAAACCUAUUAUAAAAAUGCUAAGUGACAUUGCGGACUAAAUUUGAAUUGUAAAUUGCAUUCCAAAUUUAAAUUUACCAAAAAUAAAAAUGUCACUCGGAAAGCAACCGUCAGACCACAUAAAGAGGCCAAUGAACGCGUUCAUGGUAUGGUCGAGAGGUCAGAGGCGAAAAAUGGCACAAGAUAAUCCUAAAAUGCACAAUUCAGAAAUUUCAAAAAGGCUCGGUGCGGAGUGGAAGCUCCUUACUGAGAUGGAGAAGAGGCCGUUCAUUGAUGAAGCAAAGAGGUUACGAGCCCUGCAUAUGAAAGAGCACCCUGACUAUAAAUACAGACCGAGGCGAAAACCAAAGGCACUCGUUAAAAAGGAACCAAAAUUCGGCUUCAAUAUCUCCGGUCUCAUGGCACCGGUUCCUCGGCUGGUGGCGCCCUCGAUGCCGCAGCCGAUGCCGCAGUUGUCAUUACCUCACCAUCUGCUACCGGACAAGUCGGACCUGGGACGAGCACUUUUUCCCCCAAUACCGUACCCGUUCUAUCCAUUCGCGAAGAUCCCCUCCGACGAUGGGAAGCUAGCUGCUGAACUUGCACACUUGCAGGCUCUAUACGGAGGUGCUUUAUACAGUUCAGCGCUAUACAGCAGCGCACUGUCUCCCUGCGGGUGUCCACCACGACGUUCCCCCUCCCCUCCGCCAGACGUCAAACGCCCCGUCGCCUACGUCCUCAUGAAGAGCGACGAAGAACCGCCCCAGCACGUUAUAUGAAGGCCGGUGGCGCUCCCGGCGCGGCCCUACCCGCUAUGGGAGCAGCCUUCAACGUCCACUGAAAGAGACAGUACACCUGACAGCAUAUAAAAAUAUAGUGCUGGAGUUUUCAAAGUGUUUUGUCAGUGAUUUCAAUGUUACAGACUCUUCAACAAUUACGUAAUUUUUUAAAUUGAACUCGGUCUAAAUGUUUAUAAUAAGUUCAUCAUUGUUAAGUGGAAUCUUUUUAAAGUUAGUAUUCAUAUGUUAAAUUAAACCGUAAAUUAAAAAAUCGAAUCU